AUGCCGCUCUCGAAAGUCAAUGACAAGAUUCGGAUCGCUAUAUUGGAUACUGGAGUUGAUCUCGGUCACCCCUACUUCGACGAGAAAAUACGAACUGGCAGCACUCAAUCUCGACGUGAAUCUAUCAACGAAUGCAAAAGCUUCCUACCGGGGAAAAAAGGAGACGAGGAUGCACAUGGACAUGGCACUCAUGCUGCAUCGCUUCUUCUACGCCUCGCGCCAAAUGCGAAGGUAUACGUAGCCCGGGUGGUUGACGAUGACGGCGAGAUCAGUAAUCCUGAUGCAGUAGCAGAGGCCAUCAACUAUGCUAGUGAUCCGGAACAUUGGGGUGUUCACAUUAUCAGUAUGUCUUUGGGUUGGAAGAAUAUACCCGAGUCCGUGGAACGCGCUAUCAAAACGGCCACAAUGACUCGAGAGGUCUUCAUUUUCGCAGCUGCUUCCAACAAUGGCCCAACCGAUGACUAUUCGGUGACGUAUCCAGCAAGAGCGAUGAUGGUAUUUCCCGUUUUCGCUGCCUCCUCUCAGGGAGAGCUUCAGAGAUUCAACCCAAGCCAUGAACACAAGAAAGGGCUUAGUACCCUUGGCGUGAACGUCACUGGGCCUUGGACUCGACAUGGCACUGAAGAGAAAUCUCCGACCCGUUGUCGAUCGGGAACUUCUAUUGCCACGCCUAUCAUGGCAGCAUCGGCAGCAUUGGCACUUCAGUACAUUUAUCAGAAACCGCCGCUAAAAAUUGAGGGCUUGUACCGACUCGAGGGAAUAGAUGGCAUGGUUGAGUUGUUGUCGUUGAUGAGGCCCAUUCAUUUGAAAGAAACACCGUAUUUUGUCCAGCCGGGAGUGUGGCUACGUAACAAGGACUAUGCACGAAAGAAAGUGAUGGAAACGAUCCAGCACAUUUGGUACGGGCACAUUCAAUGA